AGGUGGCAGGGAAAAUUCGGGCGGAGCGAGAAGUGCCUUCGCACGUCCAUGGACAAUUGACUUUCGCGAGGUUGCCCGAAAAGCAAGCCAUGGCUUUGCGCAGUAAGACUUCUGUACGUGGUAAAUGUGCUACAAAGACACAGCAGACGGCGAGCCGUCAUAAAUGGCAGGGCAGGCGGCAGGGCAGGCGGCAGGGCAGGCGGCAGGGCAGGCGGCGGGGCAGGAGGCGGGGCAGGAGGCGGGGCAGGCGGCGGGGCAGGAGGCGGGGCAGGCGGCGGGGCAGGCGGAGGCGGCGGGGCCGGCAGAGGCGGGGCCCCGGGGCGCGGUGCACGUGCUGUGGCACUACCACUUCUCCGCCUUCCGCCGAAAGCGCUGGGCUGCGUUCAUCCAGCGCGACCGCGCGCUCCACCGCGUCGCCAAGCAGCUCACGGGCGGCAGGCCCAAGGAGGAGGUGGUGGUGGGGUGGGGUUCGUGGGCCUUCCAGGGAGGGAAGGGCGGCUCCCCCAUCUCCGUCAGGGGCGGGCGCGCGCCGACGGGGCGGCUCAUCAAGCUGCUCCGUGAGCGCUACGCCAAGCAUGUGUUCAUCAUCGAUGAAUACAAGACCUCCAAGACCUGCUACAACUGCGGGUGUCAGGAGAUGGCCAUCAAGCGGCUUGGGGGGCUGAAGGAGGGGCAGCGGCCCUGGUCGGUCAAAGUCUGCAACGACUGCUUGACGACCUGGAACCGCGACGUCUCCGCUGCCAAGGUGAUCCGUGUGCUCCUCCUGCUGAAGCUGAUGGGCUUCGAGCGGCCGACCAAGCUGCAGCGGCCGCCAUGGCCGCCGCCGGCGGCGGGGCCAGGCUGAGAGCCUGAACGGCGCUAGCAGGGCGUGGGGCUGAGGGUGCACGUGUUGAUUGGCGGCGAGUGACGUGACUAGUUUGUUAGCUGCGGGUUAGCACGGACUGUGCACCCCACCCAACCGGCCACGUCCGGAUUUGCGGGGAUGCCAAAGGCCCCCAACAUAGAGGCGUGUGCUUAGUAGGCGCCCGCGUCAAGGUGGCUGGGUUGAUAAUGACCCGGGAUCAGCCCUUUUCCUGCCAUAAGGCAGCCACCUCCUUGUUUGCAUGGGAAUAGUGGCUGAGCCACGUAUCUAGUCUGAGGCCGCAAGCGUCUACCUCAUCUCCCGGACAUAGCCGGGGUCGGUUCGUACAGGCACGCAAGCAGGCAUGGCCCGCCGUAAUGUGUC